GUGGUGACGUCGCAGCGCCAUUUUGUGGGUCUGUCCUCGCGGACGACACUUCCGGUGCGGCGGCGGCGGCCGUUGGAGACGAUCUCCGACCGGAAACUGCUUCCCUAACUGAAAUGGGAGGGGCCGAGUUUCAAACUGCGGAAGGGGCGGAGCUAUAGACCAAAUGGUAACUAUAGAAAAAUGAAAUCAGUGAACUGUGACCGUCCCAGAAUCCUCUGCGGCAGCCAUUCUCUGUCCCCCCCCCCGUGUACCCAGAUACAUCUAUUACCAUCAUAAUGGGCGGGCGGGAGUUAUUACUGUGUGUGACUGGCGGGGGGGGGGAGUUAUUACCGUGUGUGUCUGGCAUUGGGGGGAGUUGGUUACUGUGUGUGACUGGCGGGGGGAGCUAUUACUGUGUGUGACCGCGGGGGAAGUACACCGUGUGUGUCUGGCAGGGGGAGUUAUUACCGUGUGUGUCUGUACUGGGUGGGGAGUUAUUACCGUGUGUGUCUGGCAGGGGGGGGAGUUACUACCGUGUGUGUCUGGCAGGGGAGUUAUUACCGUGUGUGUCUGCAGGGGGAGGGGGAGUUAUUACCGCGUGUGUCUGGUAUCAGGGGCGGGGGUUUAUUACCGCGUGUGUCUACGGGAGUUAUUACCGCGGUGUGUCUGCUGGGGGAGGGGGAGCAUACUGGCAGGUGUGUCUGGUAGGGGGAGGGGGGAGUUAUUACCGCGGUGUGUCUGGCAGGGGGAGGGGAGUUAUUACCGUGGUGUGUCUGGCAGGGGGGAGGGGAGCAUACCGUGGUGUGUCUGGCAGGCUUAUUUUCACCGGUGUGUCUGGUGCAUUGGGGAGUAUUACCGCGUGUGUCUGGCAGGGGGGAGUUAUUACCGUAGGUGUCCAUGGGAGUUAUUACCGCGUGUGUCUAUGGGGAGUUAUUACCGCGGUGUAGUUCAUGGGAGUUAUUACCGUAGGUGGUCUGGUAGGGGAGUUAUUACCAUGUGUGUCCAUGGGGAGGGGUUACUACUAUGUGUCUGGGGGAGCAUACUAUGUGUAAGUUCAUGGGUGAGUUUGUGAAGAAUCAUCCUCAAUUCAUUCAACUAUUUCCCUCCCUGCUAUUGUAUUAGUGAGAUGUAUUACCUGUAUUACUAGUGUAUUCGUUAUUUUCUAUGUGUCCAAAUCCCUUGUUAGGUAAAAUAGCUAUUUUACCGAACGAGGACCACCCUGGGUAGCAAUUAGAACUUAGAAUCGUGUGAAACCGCAAGUUAAUUGAGAGUUCCUGGGUGGCCGCCAUUUUGGGAGCCGAACACGUGGUGAAGAACAAUGGAUGGCGGCCAUCUUAAACUCCCGAACGGCCAGUCAGCGGGAUUUAGGCGUCGAGCGCCUGGAACUAUUUUCGGCAUGAACCGGUCCCGCCUGACUUAUUUCCACGAACGGCGUUCGGGAAAUUCAAACUACCGAAUGAGGGGAACACUUUGCACGAUGUCUCUACAUCCUAACCCUGGUAGUUUUCAUGUAAAUUGAUGCAAACGGAGACCGGCUCUUAGCCCCAAUUUCAUGGAACUCCAAAUCGGAUACCAGCAUGCAGUGAGCCGGUCAAACUUCCACACAACACGACACGAAAACCACCGAACGGAUUUUCGUUAAAUUUAAGUAUGUUGCUCCCCAGACCAUCAGCUACCCAGGGAUGUAAAAUUUAUAUUAUGUGAUGUGGAAAGUAUUGUUUUAAAAAAAUUGUAAAAACUGUAAAUUUUCUGGCCAGCAAAUAAUUGGGUUAGCAUGUUGCUCAAACCCAAUUAUCUAGCCUGGCCCACAGGAGGAGUUUUGUGUUGCAUCAAUUGUGUGCCCUGUGUGCCAGUAAAUUAGUCUUGUUCCAGCAUUAAGCUUUGGCUCAUGUGUGGAUUAUUUGGCGAUUACAGCGAUAUUUCUUCUUGUGGAUUAUUGGAGUUUUUCUGCUAUUGGGAAAAGGAAAACUAGAUGGUGAUACUGACUACUACUGUCACAGAGUUAUUAUCAUGUGUGUCUAGCGGGGGUUACCAUGUGUGUCUGGCGGGGAGUUACCGCAGUCUGGCGGGGAGCAUACCGCAGGUUCAUGGGGAGUUAUUACGGGGAGCAUAGUGUUCUGGGGUGGGGGGGCGCAUUACCGUGGUGUGUUCAUGGGUGGGGGCGCUAUUACCGCGGUGUCUGGCGGGUGGGGGGCGCUAUUACCGCGGUGUGUGUGGCGGGUGGGGGCGCGUAUUACCGUGUGUGUCUGGCGGGGGUGGGGGGGCGUUAUUACCGUGUGUGUGUGGCGGGGGUGGGGGGCGUUAUUACCGUGUGUGUCUGGCGGGGGUGGGGGGCGUUAUUACCGUGUGUGUCUGGCGGGGGUGUGGGGGUUAGUACCACGUGUAAUGGAUCACCUGGCACCCCGACUGGGUAUCUCCUUUGAUGGAUGUUUCUAACGCUUCUUGAGGAUUCCAAGCACUCUAGCCGACACUACAACCAAUGCAGACCAAACCUCUCUUCCUUCAGAAGGAAGCAGGAGCGCGCUCUUAAAAGAGCGUAGGAGUGGUUAUAGCAAGGGAAUAUGCAGAGUAUUGCAAUCCCUUGUAGCGGAGUCCCCCAAUAAGAGACAUGACUCCAAAUUGAGGGUGAAUUAGAACUGUCUAAAACUUUAUUUUACUUGGGACUAGCCCAUAUGGGCAUUACAUUAACAUUGCUGUGAAAACUCAAAAUUACAAACAGUCAAAUCAUAGCAGGCAACAUACAGUGAAAAUAUCUCACGUGCCUGCAGAAUUAGCAAUAUGCAAAUCUACCCAAAUAUGCAAAUGAACCAGUCUUGCUAUUCAGGUAGUGCAUAUUGCUGUUGCUACCAACAGAGGGCACUCGACAAGCUCCAUAGCCAAAUCCACCUAGUUGGUAGCAAACCUCAGCAGUACAGGAGAGCAGGCAAUACAUCCCAGGGGCCAUAGUCACAUGGCAGGAGGCUGGCAAUCAGUCUUCUCCAAUGUCCAGUGGCGAGGCUGAUUCCGCCACACCAUUUGUGUCUGGCAGGGGGUGGUUAGUACCAUGUGUGUCUGGGGGGGGUCUACCAUCUGCUCACUCAUGGUAGUGUUCAACAUGUUCACAUGCAGCAUGCGUCGCCCUCCUGUUCCAGAGCAAGGGCCGAUCACGUAAGUGGUGUCACACUUUUGCUCCACCACUUUGUACGGGCCCUGCCAGGCGGCCUGUAGCGUGUCAUUCCGGACAGGUUUUAAAAUUAAAACUUUCUGUCCCACCCAAAAGCUACGGUCCCUGCACCCCAAUCGUACCAUGUGCGCUGGUGGGUCUGCGCAGCCUGGAUGUUCUCUCAUACGGACCUAGUCAACGCCUUCAGGCGGUUACGGAACUCCAGCACAUAUGGAACUACUGGAGUCCCAUCCCGGCUAAUAUCCCCUUCCUAGUGUUCCCAGAUAAUGUCUAGGGGCCCCCUCACCCACCUCCCAAAGAGUAACUCGAACGGGGAGAACCCUGUGGAUUCUUGUGGCACCUCCCGGUAGGCAAACAAGAGGUGCUGCACGAAUCUCGCCUAGUGUCUGCGAACGUUUGGAGCAUUUGCUUCAAUGUUCCGUUGAACCGUUCGCAUAGACCAUUAAUCUGGGGGUGGUAUGGGGAGCUCAUAAUCGGCCUAAUGCCGCAGAGCCUCCUACGGUAAACUGGGUGCCCUGAUCCGAAACUAUCUCCCAGGGAAAUCCAGUGCAGGAAAUUUGCAUCAGGGCCUCCGCGACUGUUUCUGCAUGCAUGUUGGUCAACACCACCGCCUCUGCGUACCUGAUUGCGUAGUGCACCACCAUCAAGAUAUAUUUCUUGCCAGACAGGCUAGUCUUAGCUAAGGGUCCCACCAGGUCUACUGCUAUUCAGCUAAAAGGUUCCUCAAUCACGAGGAGAUGGUGGAGCUUGGCCUUGUGGUGGUCUUCCCUCUUGCCUACCGUCUUGCAAUACCGCCUUAUAGCCUGCCAAAUACUGGGCCAAAAUAAAGUUUGGGUGAGCCUAUACCUGGUUCGGCUUACUCUUAAAUGCCCGGAUAGCAGGAUGUCAUGCACUAUCCAGAUCCUGUCUGUAUCUCUGGGGUGCCACUAUCUAUCUAGUGGGGAUUGGUUCCGACCUGCCAUUACUUUUUCUGACUCCCUGUAAAGCAAUUCCAUGUCCCACACAUACCUCUCCCCUUCUAACCCCACCUGACUAGAGGUGACCCUGUCCCCAUAUACCUGUUACGUGGGGUCUGUGGUCACCUCAUUCCCAAACUCAGUGGGGGUAUCCCAGGAUAAGCACUCUAGGGGUGGGGUUGGGUCUCUUACCUGAGCCUCCGGGUGUGAGCUGUGGUCCCUGGUGCAGACCUGCUGCUGGGUGACCACCAGGUACAGUUCUUCCGGUUGUUCCUGGGGCUCAAAAGCAGACUUGAGCUUCCCCAGGUCUUUACCCAAGAGUACUUGAGCCGGUAGUUCUAGCAUGAACCCAACCUCCACCAUUCCAGACCCUGCUCCCCAAUCCAAGUGUUCCCAGGCAGUGGUCAGCCUGUAUACUGCUACCCUGGCUACCAGCACUGCCACCGUAUUCCCAGUCUUUGCUGCGUCCGGUACCAGAUGCCACUUCAGUAGGGUAAGGGUGGCCCCCGUGUCGCGGAGCCCUUGUACUCCCUUACCCUGAAGGUGUAUGGUCUGGUGAUGCUGCUGGCAAUUAUCUGCAGCCUCUUGAACUGGGUCUGCUUCGUGUAAGACUUCCCAAUGCUCUACUGGUGGUACUGGAGCGGCAUACCGGGUGGGGGUCUCCGCCUGAUAAUAGUGGGUUGCUGCUUGGUUUGCUGGUGGUGGCCCAGGGCGGAUCCACUGCGCAUGCAUAUAUCUUUAUGCAUAUAUGGCAUUGUACCUGGCCCUGCUGUUGGAAGCAUGGUGGUGGGGCAUUGAUGGUACCGAGUUGCCGGGGUGGGGGGGUUGCCACUGGCCCAGGAGGGGCUACUGCGGGACAAGGAAAUGCUCUGGGCUGGACCGGUCUUUGAGGUCGGCUGGCAUCCAUAUUUUCAUCUGCCCGUCUGGCUGCUUCCGUGAUGGUAACAGGGUUGCAGUCUCUCACCCACUCCUGGAUAUCUGGAGCCAGCCCAUUAAAAAAUUGUUCCAUUAGCCCUAAUUGUAACAUUUCCUCCAUGGUGCUUUCUUUGUGGGCUUGUACCCACCCAGGGCAGCUCAGUGUAAUCGGCAGGCCCAUUCGGCGUGUGAGUCUUUUUCAGACCUCUUUAGGUCUCUGAACCGCCUGCGGUAUGCCUCCUCAUAGUUCCGUAUAUACUCAUCGGGGACGGUGCGGCAGUCUUCCGCUGCCCUCCCUGACAGUCUGUUAGCCAACGUGGGAAUCCUAUCUUCAGUACUGAUUCUAUGUAGGGCACAUGGUCUCUCAGAGUCUUGGAGGAAGGCAUCAAAAUCUUCCUCCACCUCUACAAAGUUUUUACAUGCACCAUAAGGUAUUUUUAGGCUUACCCUCUGGUGCUGCUGUCACUGCCUGGUUCCUUUUGGGAGUUUGCUAUUCUUUCUGCUUCAGUACGAACUCCUGGACCUCCGACAUGGUUCGGACAAUAAUAUCGUUCAGCGGAAGAUAAACAAAAUUGCAGUUCUCUUUGAAAAUCCGUCAUUUCCCGUUCGUGUAGAACAGAGCGCCGUCUGUUCGGUAUUCCGCCAUGAUUUCAGCAAGAAGGGUGGCCUUUUUCUUGUUGCUUGCUGGAAUUCCCCUUGCCUCCAGAAGAUCCUUUAGUGUGCAGCAUUUCAGGACUGUGUAGUCAGUCUCCAUCCAUCCGGAGCUGCAAAGCAUUACUGGCUCUUGUUCCUCCAUGAGCUCUGGAUCCCGAUACUGCCAACCAGUGUAGCAGAGCCUUAGUCCUAGCAGGGACCAUUCUCCGUUGGUGUACCAGGAAGCUAUUAGGAACAAGAGAAAAGUCCGCUCCAUUUCCUGUGGUCAAAGCAAUUUUCCCACAAUUCUCACAUUCCUCCUGAUGCUUCAAUCGGCGUUCGAACUCCGGUGAAACUACCGAAUUUCAUCCUAACAGAAUGAGAACAGUUUGUCCGUUCGUGUUUGGGCCUACUGUCCUGUCCUCCCCCUUCCUGGCCCCCACCUAUCAGCGGCGGGUGGGGGCCCUUAAGUUACACUAGGGGGGGGACCCAUUGUCCACCCCCCGGCCCCCAUAAAAAUUACCCUCCGUAUGGUGUCUAGGGGGCCCCUAUUCAACCCCUCAAUUAAAAGGCUACCUACCCCCUCACCCUAAAAAUAGUGAGGGGUGAACCAAUAAACCUAAAUACCUGAAAAAAUCAAAAUCAAGUCUUCUUUCUUCUAAAACCUUCUCUUUCCCGCCCCCAAAAAAGGCCAAGUAAAAAUCCAUAAUUCCCGUCGAACUUCUAAAAUUAAAAAAGAUGCAGAAAAAAAAAUCCAAAUGCUAAAAAUAUAAUCUCAUCUUCAUCCAGCAAGGGAUAAAAUAUUAUUAUAUUAAAUAGCCAAAAAAAGUUCCAGUCUAAUUCAGAGUACACACUAAUGGAAAACAAAUUACAAAACAAUAUAGACAACUUCACAACACAUAUUAAAGAAAAGAAACAUUACAAAUUUCAACGUGAUUAUAAAGAUUUCAAGGAAGGCACAAUAUUCAGGCAAACCAAGAGAUCGAACACACGAGCCAAUAGAAAAAAUAGUUACUCUUCAGGCAAUACAGAAUGGACGGACUCAGAUUCCGGCCCAACACCAGGCAAGAAUCCAUCCUCUGGUUUGAAAACCUCCCAUUCUACAAGAAGGGGGAUAUUAAAAGAUCUAAACAAAACUGUAGCUUUCUUAGACACCCCUCCCCCAUCUACUACAGCAUCCUCGUCGGGCUCUACUUCUUUUUUAGACCAAGCCUGGCCCCUACCACAGAGGGGAAGGUUACGAGACCGGCAGAGAUGGGGGUACAAACCCAAUCGCAGCAACUCCAGGAAUUAGAUCAGUUGGAUAUUUCCAACAUGAAAAUUAUCAAUCUUUCAAAUUUCAAACUCCUUCCUGAUCACAUUACACUAUUGAAUAAAGGGUUAUCAUUCGUACCCACCCCGAGCGCAGACAAGUUUGAAUGGCUGAAGGAUAUUAACCUAUUUGGCCGUAAACUAGCCUUAUGCUCACUACAUAAAAAGAAAAAUAAUAAAGAAGCGAAGGAAUUAGGUCUUACCAAUGAAGAUUUUAUACAUUUUCAAACUCUGGUACAACUUCUUACUGAACAAGAAACUGUACCUCCACUUACCAGCUUUAAACCACUAAGUUGGUUUACUCCCAAUUUUAGAGACGAUAUUAACGUGGACCUGUUUGUAAAAAUGACUACCGAGACAAUCGAAUCCUUACCUACACCUACAAUUCAACAAAACAAUCUUUCAUUUGGUGAACAAAAAGCAUUUAAAGACCUAAGCAACAAUAAAAAUAUUGUCAUAAAACCAUCAGAUAAGGGUGGCAACAUAGUUAUAAUGGAAAGGGAGACAUAUGUGGAUAUGUGUCUCAUACAUUUAAAUAAUUCCUCUUGCUACAGUAAAUUGGGUGAGGAUCCCACCUCAUCCUAUUUAAAAUCUCUUCGAACCUUAUUAGACGGUGCCAUGAUAAAAGGCAUCAUAACUAAUGACGAAUUGAGAUUUAUUCUGCCUAAAAAUUCACCAACCAUUGCUACCUUCUAUUGCCUGCCAAAGGUGCAUAAAAAUCUCACUCACCCUCCGGGUAGACCAAUUGUCUCUGGAAAUCAAUGCCUUACAGAAAAUGCAAGCAGAUUUCUUGAAAAUCUUUUACAUCCCUUUGUUAUAGGGCUAGACUCUUUUCUACAAGAUACAAAACAGACUCUAUUGACCUUAGAACACUUAACUGUUCCACCUUACACUCUUCUUGCAAGUCUAGACGUGGUAUCAUUAUAUAAUAAUAUCCCACAUGACAUAGGCAUUAAAGCUACCUCUUAUUUUUUACAGAAGUCCAAUAAAUUCUCCACACAACACCAACAAUUCAUACUAGAUUUACUUACCUUUGUGCUAACACAUAAUUAUUUUGUAUUUAACGGAAUAUAUUAUUUGCAGAUCAAGGGCACCGCUAUGGGGACAGCUUGUGCCCCUAGUUAUGCCAACCUAUACCUAGGCUGGUGGGAAGAAACUUUAGUAUCGGUAAUUGACUAUGAGUACCGCCAAUUGAUAUUGAAUUGGCAUAGAUACAUCGAUGAUGUGCUUCUUUUCUGGACAGGAUCUAUUGUGAAAUUCCAACAGUUCGUGAAUAUUCUCAAUGACAAUAACAUCGGAUUGCAAUUAACAUCUGUCAUUGAUGAAAAGACAUUGGAAUUUCUAGAUCUGAGAAUUAUAUUGGGUAUGGAUGGCACAGUAACAACUGAACUGUACAGAAAGGCCACUGCUACUAACAGCUUAUUGCACUGGCAAAGCCACCACCCAUUUAAAUUGAAGGCCGCUAUACCAUACGGCCAGUAUCUAAGGGCACGGAGAAACUGCUCCCAAGAGAUUGCCUUCCAGAAAGAAGCAAAGGAUAUAAAAGCCAGAUUCAAGGAACAGGGGUAUCCUAAUAGAAUUCUAAAAAAAGCGUACCAAAAGGCAAAUAGCAUGGACAGAUCACUCUGUCUUCGUUCUUCGAGACCUGUAUUACCCAAACAAACUAUAAGAUGUGUUGGUACCUUUGACCAAUAUUGGGAACCCGUGAGAAAAAUUUUGACAAAUAACUGGCCAAUUCUUUUACACGAUAAAGAACUUCAAGACAAUAUCACCUUACACCCUACUCUAACGGCACGAAGACCUAAGAAUUUGAGAGAUUCCCUUGUCCACAGUCACCUGGAACCCCCCAUCAUAGCUCCAAGUUGGCUAACACAGAUGAAGGGUACCUACAAAUGUGGGUCGUGUAAGGCUUGCAAAUAUAUUAAUCCAGCCAAAUCUAUUCUUUGCACUAAAACUAACAAACAAUAUGUUAUUCGUGAUUUUAUCAAUUGCAGUACCACUAGAAUUAUCUAUGUCAUUACAUGCAAUUGCAAUAUUCAGUACAUAGGUAAGACAUACCAACAAUUUAGGAGACGCAUCCUACAACACAUCAAUUCAGUCACCAAUAUUAACAUCUAUACACCAGUAGCUAACCACGUUCGAUCUCAACAUCAAGGGGAUCCAUCUAGCCUCCACUUUCAAGCCAUUGAACGCUUAUCUACCAAUGCCAGAAGAGGUGACUUUAAUACAAGACUCUUGAAAAGGGAGUCCAAAUGGAUUCAUGAAUUCAAAACUCACACACCCUCGGGUCUUAAUGAAGAAUUCAAUUUCACCCCAUUCAUACAUUAAUAUAAUUAUAUUAUAUUAUUUUGUGUUUAUUGCCACCUUAGUCGUGGUACAAUUUUCUUUUCUUUUCAUGUCUCAGCUACCUUGAGACACCUCUAAUUACUAAUACUACUCGGUUCCUCUGUACACUUAUUUAUAUUCUCAUUUAUAUCCUAUUUGGACCUCCGUGUUCUCUAUGUGGACAUUGCACGGUAUUUAGGAUAAUUUAGCUCACUAUCCUGUCAGUAUCCUCCACUGACGUCUCCUCCUCCUCAGCAGGAUAAUGCCAUUAAGGUAAAAUGUAUCAUCACUUGAAUGACUUGUUACUGUACAAUUACGUAAUUUGGCAUCGGCAGAGUAAGGGUUACACCGUAACCCCACCCACUAUAGACUGCCGAACCUCCCAUUGGCUAACUAAUUGACCAAUGGGACUCGACCUUCUCUCCUAUAUAAACCUGAUCAGAACAGGAGCUCAGUUCCCCUCUGAAGAGCUUUGAGUGGCGAAACGCGCGUCAGGGGCUUGUACCCGGCGUUAUCCUUCCUUUUUGAACUGCACCACCAGUGUCUUCAUACUUUGCUACCCUGCUACUUAGACAGGAUAUAUCUAUACCCAUCGGUAACUCUGAAUCCUGGGGGUUCCGGUUAGGAGCAUUUACGGCAUCGAUAUUUAUCUUUUGAGCGCAUUCUCUAAUUUGGGGGUGGGCUUACUACUGAAAGUAUUAGGAGUUAUUAGGCUUUUUGGGUUAAGGGGUGCCCUCGAAGGCACAAGCGGCUAGGGCUCAUAUAUAUCUCACAUAUCUACUGAGUGCUUAGUUUUUGUUUGUUUUUUCUCCCUUGCCACAUAUUUUUUCAUUAGCUACCUCUCUCCCUAAUUUGUGUCAGCUAUUUAGCUUUACAAUUGGACAGGUUCUCACUUACAGGAUCCUGGAAGUUUUAUUGUAUUGGCAAUUAUACCAUAUAACUUACUAUCUAUCCAGUCAGUAUUCCACCUUUAUACUUUAUUAUAUCCUGUGAGGGUAUUAUAGACUCACAGUGGAUACUGUCUUGACAAUAUAUCCACACUACUGAUUAUGAAGCAGUGAAUGGUUACUUAUGACACUACUUAAGUAGCGUGUGUUUACUUAUUUUGUAACAUUUUUUCACCUUUGUGUUACACUCUGCUAUUAAUAGCUGCCAGUCCUCAAGAGGGACUCUUUUCCUGACCGCUCCUGGAGUUGCCGCUGUUCGGCUAUAUACAGACAUAGCUAUCUUGGAGGGCAAUUGUAUCCACCAUUAUUUGUGUUUUUAGUUAGUUAUUAUUAAAAGCUACGUUUUACAUUUGGGAUUGUGUUAUUUAGACACUAACGGUUCCCGCCAUUAUUUCCCUUUUCUCUAAGGGAAACCCACUCUACUAGGACUAUUGGUACUAGUCUGUCCUAUUUUUCUCCUUUUUUCUUCCUUUUUGUGCCAAAAAAAAAGUAUUUUAUUACAUAAAUAUCUAACUAAAGAACAAAUUGAUUUAGGUUUUCUCCAAGAAACGCAUUGGAGACAAUCAGAGACUAUAACUUAGGGCGGAAAGAGAUUCCCAAAUAUUAUCCAUGCCUCAGUCAAAAAAAAGAAAAAAAAAAGCAGUGUUGCAAUAGUAUUUGGAGAAAAAUUAAAAGUUGAAAUACUUCAUAAACUGUGUGAUCCAGAAGGAAGAUUCUUAGUAGUAAUCAGUAAAAUAAAUGAAAAAUGAUACACUGUAUGCAAUAUUUACCUUCCAAACAAAUCCCUGACUACCCAGAGAGAAUGCACAAGAUGUUCCCUAUGGAAGACCAUCUAUGUUGGAGAUGCGGGUCAUCAAUAGGCACAUACCUUCAUGUCUGGUGAGACUGUGUCAAAAUUAAAAAAUUAUGGGAAAAAACAUUUCAAUUUAUUCUAACAAUAUUAAACUUUGAAUUAAAGAUAUCUCCAGGGGUAGCUUUACUUCACUUAAAUUGCCCCCCUUUGCCCCCUGUGAACAAACGGAUUAUAACUCAUUUAUUUCUAGCUACUUAAAUAGUUACAUCUAGACAUUGGAGAAAUUUUAAAAAAUAUUAUUCUUUGGUCACAAGUUAAAUUUCAACUCAAAUUCCAGAUCAAAAUGGAGCAAAUGCUUAGCAUACAAAAUCUAGGUAGGAAAACACCUCUAUGGGAUACAUGUUGGGAGUUGAUAAAUAAUAGCCCAAUCUCAUUCAGUUAUGAAGAGACUGAGUAAAAUCUCUUUUUUUUUUUUGUGAUUUGUAGGUGUAUUUUCUUUUCUGAAGUUUACGCCCCAGGACAGGAUAAGUAAUACAACUGAAAUUCAGUCUUAAAUAGCCAGUUAGUUCUGUCAGUUUUGAAUAAAAUUUACUGCCCUCACUCUCUUGGCAUCUCAUAAAAAAGCAGUUUGUCUGGCACUGUCUUUUGUAUGAAGUUGUUUUCGUCUACUUGUCUGUUUGUUAGUGUGCGUGGCUGUUCAUAUGUCUAUUAUUGCAAAUCUUGACUUGAUACAUGUUCUAAAGUAGUAACAUAUAUUUAUAUAAUUUUAACUCACUAUCAUGUAUCAUCUAAUUGCAAAUAUACUAGGUACAUUGUAUUUUGUAUGUCUUAUUUAAACAAAAUUCUGUAAAAAAGAUUAUAUAUUUAAAAAAAAAAAGUAAAUGUAGAGUCUACAGAUCUCUGAAGAAUGUAAAUGUCUGCUUUCAUUGUAUGGAAAUUCUAUGGAUUAAACCCUGAACAUAAGACACAGAGUAGAUUGUCUUUAUUCUGUUGUUUUUAUCUCUAAUAAUGCAGGUGUUUAGGGUGACAAAUCACACCUUGCCGCCCACCGGUUCCGGUCAUGGCAGUAUGUGCCCUCAUCGAACACAGCCGCACAGCGUCAUGUGCCAGGAUCCACCUGUGUUUGUGUUUUUCGUGUGCCUCGUGACACUCUCACUCACUUUUCUUGUCUUUGGAGUAUUCAUCGAUUCGUAUGAUGUGAGGGACUCUGAUUUAACACAGGUAGGAAGGCAGGCACAUCCCUGGGUAAGGACAUCUUUUAUUCUGAUCAGUGGUAAAUACAUGUGUCUCCCUGUGUGGUAGGACUGGCACACAUUCUUCGUGGCCCUCAGCUUACUAGAUGUCUGCCUUUUUGGAAAGGAAGCAGGCCGUGCAAACUCCACAGGCAUGGCUGGAAGUACACUUGCUGUUUCCAAAGGCCCCCCAGAGACCAUCGGAAACGUUUCCACCCUUGCUUUGCUAAGACUUCCCUCACAGUAUAUGGGCGCCAAUCACAGUAGUCUUCAGAUUUCUGUCACAGGCCAACAGCUUGGCAUUAAAGGUGAGUGGCAGGUUUAUAACCAUGUGUUGUUUAACUUGUGUCUGAAAAAUUAUAUAUAGAUAAUGCUUUAAAAAAAUAAACCUCACAUUUCUUGGCUUUCCCAUUUCCAGUGUAAACAUCUUAGCAGGAAGUGGCCCAUGGCCUUUAAAGGGACACUAUAGUCACCAAAUAAAUUUAGCUUAAUUAAGCAGUUUUUGUGUAUAAACCAUGCCCGUAAAGUUUCAACGCUCAAUUCUCUGCCAUUUAGGAGUUAAACCACUUUUAAUUCUGUUUGUGCAGCCCUAGCCACACCUCCCCUGGCUGUGACUCACUCAGCCUGCAUGAAAGAAAAAUGACUUCAUUUCCAAUCAGAUGUUAACUUACUUGUUCUUAAUUGUAUCUCCUGCUCUGUAAAUUGAACUUUAAUUACAUACAGGAGGCUCCUGCACAGUCUAUCACUCAAUUAACAGAAGAGGAGAUAAGAAAUUCUAAAUUAAAGAUAAUUUGCAAUACAGGAAGUGUAAAAAUUAGGUGACUCUGUACAAAAGUCAGUGUAAGUCAUAUGCACGGAGUGUCUAGGGUGGCAUAAACAAAGUUAUUUAACUCCUAAAUGGCAGAGAAUUGAGUAGUGAGACUGCAGGGACAUGAUCUAUACACCAAAACUCCUUAUUAACCUAAAGUUGUGUUGGUGACUACAGAGUCCCUUUAAGUUUUCUUUUGCACUGCUGAGAUGCUGUUUUUUUGGGCACAACAUGGGUUUCAGGAAGAUUUAGUCAUCUUUCUACUGUAGAAAGCUUACUACUGAACUACAAAGCAUAGACGCUAGACAUUAACUAACCAUAACCUAACUUACACAGUGCACAUAAUGUGAGUGGGAAGCGUCCCUUUAAUAAUAUAAACCCACCCAGCAUAACUAACUAACCUAACCUACACAGUGCACCUAAUGUGUGUGGGAGCCUGAAGUGUCCCUUUAAUAUAAACCCACGUAGUAUAACUAUGUGUAACCUAACCUGCACAGUGCACCUAAUGUGUGUGGGAGCUUGGGUGUCCCUUUAAUAGUAUAAACUCACCGAGUAUAAAUGAAAUAAUACACUAUUUGGCUAGUACCCCAUACUUUUGCAGGCAAUGGUUAGUUUUCUCGAUGUUAUAAGAUUUCUCAUUUCUCUGGAUAAGGUAACGAUAACAAUUUCAUUGCAGCCAAGUUCCCAUGGUGCAUGAAGGUGACAUCUUCCCUUAAGGUAGUGGUUCCUAAACUUUUUAGGUUCAAUGCGCCCUUAAUAUUUCAAUACAAUACAAUUUCCUAGGUUGUAUAUAUGUACAGCACUGCGGCAUAUACUGGGCCCCUGUUCUUCAGAAAUGCUUGCCAUUCAAGCACGGUUCCAAAACCUGAUCUUUGGAGGGGCACUGGUAGAUUAUUUAAAAAAACAUCCAAGCAUAAUAACUACUACAGCACUUUGUAGUGGUUAUGGUGUCAGUAGUGCCCUCCCAGAGUAAGUAGUCAAACUGUUUAAGAACAGUUUGACAAAUUACCUGGGAUUUGCAUGGAUUGGGGCAGUAGUGUGUCUGGGGGGUGCAAUGUGUGUGUUUGUAUGUGAGUGGUGGAGUGUGUGUGUGUGGGGUGCAGUGAGUGUACAGGGGUGCAUUGUGUUUGUAAAGGAUGUAGUGUGUGUGAGGAGUGCAGUGUGUGUGUAUGGAGGGGUAGUGUGUGUUUAUGAGGGGUGAGGGGGGAUAAUUGAUGUUUGUGUAGGGUGAGCUGUUGUGGGUCUGUGGGGGUGAGAAGGCAGAUAAAUAUUUAUUUUCAUAUCCCUUCUCCCUGCUUACCUUUGCCUGGAAGGAUGGACAGUACAAGGCAAUCCCUGGUGGUCCGGUGGAGAAGCUCUGGUGCUCCAAGUGGUGAGAGUGAACUCUAGCCUCAGGAGCUGCCAGAGUUCUCUCUUGCGAGAUUCGGAGCGUUGCCACUUCUAUACAAUCUUCCAGACUUUGGGGAUUAUUAUGUUUUAAACCCUUAAGGUAAGACUGAGCCUUGGACCUCUUUGCCCAAAAAAUCUUCUUUGAAGUGGAGUAGUUAUAAUGUCCUCGGUAUAUAAUGGCUAUGAAGUAUGGUUUUCCUUUUUGCUAGUUUCCACUUAAUGACUAGACCCAAAAUGCCAUGCAGGUCCCUCUGCACAACAGAUGCAGUAACCUCAGACAAUUAUUUGUGCCUUCACUAGGAUUUAUCACUGAGGUAUACCCCUAUAGGCAAUUCUUUGGGAGAUGCAAACACUGAGCAGCUUGUUAAAUGAACAUUUCAUAUGUUGAUGACCAAAAACAACUUAACAGUGAAGCGUUAAUAAUGAAAUAAGUGAUACACACUUAGCUUUUGCUCUUCUAAUAUAACACAUGCAGAUUUAGUGUAAAACCAUCAAACUUGUAAAAUUAAUUAAGAAUAAUGGAACACUCACAUGUUUCAGAGCUAAUGGUUAACUCUGGGAAUAAAAGCUUUGUGGGUCCGUGUAGGCAACCCCUCCCUUCUUCUUCUUAUGUAGAUGGAUAAAUGUUCUAAUAGUAUAUAGUAUUCUCAAGUAUCUCAAAAGAGAGAAUAUGAUCAUGUCAUAUUGUAUAUAACAGUGUCACACACUCUUAAAUAGGUCAAAUACUCACAAGGCAGGAGCCUAUAAACUUGCUCUGUGUAUUGGCACUGUAUGAAUAUGGACUGUACUCCCUUCUUUCAGGAACUUAUUGGCCAAACCAAAAGGAAUAAAAAGUAUGUACUUUUUUGAAUAAUAGCUUUAAAAAUAUAUAUAUAUCACUGAAAAAACCCAAUAAAUGCCCAGGACCGGACGGCUGCACAGGCCUCUAUUACAAAACAUUCUCAGACAUCCUACUAUCCCACCUCACCGCAUCCUGAACUCACUACUACGCGGGGAACCCUUACCGGCAGACAUGCUCAGAACAAAUAUCUGCCUCAUCCCGAAACCAAACAAAACACACUUGGACCCAGGACACUACCGGCCCAUAUCCCUCCUUAGUGUGGACAUGAAAAUAUUUACAAAAACCCUUGUCAACCGAAUUCAACCCGCCCACCCCGAUCAGGUAGGCUUCAUCCCCACAAGAGAGGCGUGCGACAACACCAGACACACGCCAGACCUGAUCUGGGUGGCCCGCCAUAGACAGAUCCCAACCCUACUUCUUUCAAUGGACGCCGAAAAGGCAUUCUACCGCCUGCCCUGGCCUGUCCUUUUCGACACCCUACAGAAAUUCAGAUUCCCCGCACGAGGGCCUCCCUAACUUCUACCACUACUUUUAAGUGGCCCAAUUAGCUCAAAUACAAAACCUGCAUGCACAAUCAGGCAUUAACCUAUGGGUGAACCUCAAACACGACCUCUUGGGUAGAGAUCAUUCCUCUUCUGGCUCCCCAAAUGGGACAGACCUAACACCCCACAGACGACCCCGGCCCUAAAUAUUCCUCGUAUGGGACAAAACCAUCCCAAAUCACCCUCUAGUGAACAACCCAUCACCUCUCAUACCACUCCUGAUAAACAAUUUCCCCCAUACCUGACACCCCAAAAUUUUGAGCGCUAUGAGGAAAACGGUCUCCUUAGAUUUUUCCACUUCUUUCACGACCAACAACUCCUACCAUUCUCAGAAUUACCAAGGAAGAUACCACUAAACACCUUCGACCACUUCCGCUACCUACAUAUACGCAGUUUCCUAAACGAACCACGAAACACCGCCACAGCCACCACUAAACUAACACAAUUUGAAAAAGCUUGCAUACAUGCACCCAUUCAAAAGGGGCAUAUUUCCACUAUAUACCUCCUCUUGAACUCUAACUACCCAGCGGAUGCCCUUUCGCACACAAGGGCAUGGGAAAAAAGAGGCCCCCCGGAAGACCCCUCAGACUGGGCAGACCUCUGGGAAGCCACGGCCUCACUCACGAUAUGUGUUAACCACAAGGAGCAAGCCUACAAGACGAUGCUCCGAUGGUAUCUCACAUGGCUAAGACAAUGGUGGGAGUGCCCCCAGAUCUCCCAACUUUGGGUCGAGGUCUCCAACCUCCCCUCCAGACUCCUAAAUACGGACAUACCCAUGGAUCCCUGAAUCUGGCUACUCUCCAAACCCUUUGCCCCCCUCCCCAGAGCUCAAAACAAACUGGUGGCAAGACUAGCACUGGCCACCAGAUACACAAUCGCAGAUCAGUGGGGCAACCAGAACAAACCUCUGCUUAUACACUCAGGUCACUCUACCCAUCCACGACAACAAUGCCACGGGGCACCCAACGCAAUAUACCCCACCCCCGAUCUGAACUCCCCAUCCCCUAACUGACACCCACGACCCAGACACCCUUACACAAACUAUUAGAACACAACGGGGGGGGAGCUUGAUCGGCUAACUGUCACUUGAGCUUCUGAGCCCAACAAGCUUACAAUUACACUUACAUGCAGCCGUGCAGUAGAAUCAACUGCAAACACAGCUGGCUACAGAGGGGAGACCGAGAGGAUCCGACAGAUACUAAACUCGGAGCCCUUUGGGCCCAGAUCGCCGAGCCUCAACCCUUUGCGGCCUACAAGCGCGUCAGGCGCUGGAGAGAUGGCUGCUCCCCAGCGCUGUUAACUGCUAAGCAUGGCGGACUUCUACUUCCCCCUCUCCCCCCCAUGGACUGUCAUCCCGGUCCCAGGAGGCUCCCCACCACUGCACCCGAUGCCUACUGGGCAGCACGACGGAGCGGCACCCAAGUUGGCGGGAAACACGAGCAGCCCCACAAAGAGGCCUAUUUUGCAGCAUUUAAGGCAAGACUUGACCGCAUCUUCGCCAGAUUCUGGGCUACACUGGCAGCAUGGCAAAAGGGCACAUUGGAGCCUGUCCGGCUCGCAGGUGAUCCAACGGCGCCACAAACCCGCUCCCGCAGACCUACCAAAACACCCGACAACACGUGGGCAGUUGGGCAGGAAAGCGAAGCCCCCGCAAGAAGUGGCACACGAUGAAGAAAUGCUUGCCUGCCGCCUCACAGAAGCCAGGAACAUACUGCAAAAAGGAAGUAGCAAGGAAGAGAGAGGACGGAGCCCAGACGAGCAAGAACCUGACACACUUAGCCCCAUAAGAUGGUGGAUCAUCGAGCAGGGACACCACAUGGCACCCAGCUACAGGACAGCCUUACACUCCCACAAAAAAAACUUUCACAGCAGAAAGAUAGACUCAUACCACCCAAGGGCUACAGCCUGCCACAGAUAGGCAUCAGUUGUUCAGCCUCUCACAGGUACCAUGGGGUCAAGCUUUAUGCUCAGGGCUUUGGAAAAACUGACUUGCUCCUCCACUAUAAGCAAUAACUUUAGCAGCCUAGCUCCCCGGUGGCUAUUUUAUUUUAUAUUAUUUAGUUUUAUUCCUUCCUGCAUUUUGUCUAGCAGUAUAAUACAUUAAUGUGUUACAUAUUUUUUCAUUCAGCAUCCAUGGGAAUAAAACCCAUGGCGUACAAACAAAGUUAAUUUUUCAUGUUAUAUGUGCCAUACCUAUCGGGCCUGAUAACUUGCAGGACCUCAAACGGAUAAUUUCACAUAGGCAUCCACAGGCAUUAAUAGCAUCACCCUGUUUUACCUACAAAAAGUUAUGCCUGUUCCUCUUGUAAUAUAAUAUUUUAUUUCAUAAAAAUGUGCGGUACUAUCAAAUGCCCCCCAAAAAAGAACACAACAAAGGCUCACACAGCUUACUCUCCACCACUAGAUAUAACAAUGCAAUUGUCAAAUAUCUCAUAGGGGACGCCAUGCAUGGAAAAGGCACUCUGACUAUGAUAAUACAUAAAUGUUAUUAUGCACUCGAUGCCAAAUCUCUUCACUGAGCCUUACCUGAACUGUACCCCCUCCUUAUUCUUCAUUCUGUAUCCCACAAAAUGCCUUGCUAAAAAAAAAAACUACUGAAAAUAAAUAAUUUACAAAACAAAAUAUAAAUAUAUAUAUGUAUAUAAUACCAAAAUAGGCAGUAUUAAAGUCCCAGAUGCAUUUCGCCAAGAACGGCUUCGUCAUUCCGGUAUGAUGAAAGUCGGUCCAUAAGUUUAUAGGUCUUUAACUCAGAUAAAUGCCAUCAAGUGUGUCCUCUUGCAUUGCUCCCCUCGUCCUCGGGGGAAACGCUGCAUCUCAAUCCUCGUGAUUCUAUAUUUUAGCUAAACAUUAUAUAUAUUUAUUAAUCUGAAGAUAAACCUGUCUCCUCUCUUUCCUGGUUAUACAUUUAUACAGGUUUCCAUGGAGACGCCAGUUUGAUUGUUACAGUAUUUGCACUAGAAACCUCGACAGCCUGCAAUGACAGCAAAACAAACUGCCCAGUGAAGACUUGUGUUACUGUUAUCGGCCCACAGUCACUUCUGCCUAAAUCAAAGUGAGUGCUGCACAUAUCCCCAAAAUCCCACAUGGCUACAAAUGCACUGCUCCAAGACCCCACCGCCUGUAUAAUGCUUCAAAGCCCCACACCUCUAUACAUACACUGCUACAUGGCACCACCACCUGUAUAAUGCUUCAAUACGCCACACCUCUAUACAUACACUGCUACAUGGCACCACCACCUGUAUAAUGCUUCAAUGCCCCACACCUCUAUACAUACACUGCUACAUGGCACCACCACCUGUAUAAUGCUUCAAUACGCCACACCUCUAUACAUACACUGCUACAUGGCACCACCACCUGUAUAAUGCUUCAAUACGCCACACCUCUAUACAUACACUGCUACAUGGUACCACCACCUGUAUAAUGCUUCAAUGCCCCACAACUCUAUACAUACACUGCUACAUGGCACCACCACCUGUAUAAUGCUUCAAUGCCCCACACCUCUAUACAUACUCUGCUACAUGGCACCACCACCUGUAUAAUGCUUCAAUGCCCCACACCUCUAUACAUACACUGCUACAUGGCACCACCACCUGUAUAAUGCGUCAAUGCCCCACAACUCUAUACAUACACUGCUACAUGGCACCACCACCUGUAUAAUGCUUCAAUGCCCCACACCUCUAUACAUACUUUGCUACAUGGCACCACCACCUGUAUAAUGCUUCAAUGCCCCACACCUCUAUACAUACACUGCUACAUGGCACCACCACCUGUAUAAUGCUUCAAUGCCCCACACCUCUAUACAUACACUGCUACAUGGCACCACCACCUGUAUAAUGCUUCAAUGCCCCACACCUCUAUACAUACACUGCUACAUGGUACCACCACCUGUAUAAUGCUUUAAUGCCCCACACCUCUAUACGUACACUGCUACAUGGCACCACCACCUGUAUAAUGCUUCAAUGCCCCACACCUAUAUACAUACACUGCUACAUGGCACCACCACCUGUAUAAUGCUUCAAUGCCCUACAACUCUAUACAUACACUGCUACAUGGUACCACCACCUGUAUAAUGCUUCAAUGCCCCACACGUCUAUACAUACACUGCUACAUGGCACCACCACCUGUAUAAUGCUUCAAUGCCCUACAACUCUAUACAUACACUGCUACAUGGUACCACCACCUGUAUAAUGCUUUAAUGCCCCACACCUCUAUACGUACACUGCUACAUGGCACCACCACCUGUAUAAUGCCCCACAAGUCUAUACAUACACUGCUACAUGGCACCACCACCUGUAUAAUGCCCCACAAGUCUAUACAUACACUGCUACAUGGCACCACCACCUGUAUAAUGCUUCAAUGCCCCACAAGUCUAUACAUACACUGCUACAUGGCACCACCACCUGUAUAAUGCUUCAAUGCCCCACAGCUCUAUACAUACACUGCUACAUGGCACCACCACCUGUAUAAUGCCCCACAAGUCUAUACAUACACUGCUACAUGGCACCACCACCUGUAUAAUGCUUCAAUGCCCCACAAGUCUAUACAUACACUGCUACAUGGCACCACCACCUGUAUAAUGCUUCAAUGCCCCACAGCUCUUUACAUACACUGCUACAUGGCACCACCACCUGUAUAAUGCCCCACAAGUCUAUACAUACACUGCUACAUGGCACCACCACCUGUAUAAUGCUUCAAUGCCCCACAACUCUAUACAUACAUUGCUACAUGGCACCACCACCUGUACAAUGCUUCAAUGCCCUUACCCCAUUAUACAUACACUACUACAAAUCACAGUACCCUUUACAGAACCAUUUUGAGGUCUCUCCUGACACAUUCCCAGACAUGCAAACCGAUACAUAUUCCUAGAGACUAAUAGAACACAUUCCGAGAGACAGAUACAAAUAGGUACACAUUCCCAGAGGCAGACACACAAAGGUACACAUUCCCAGAGACAGAUACAAAUAGGUACACCUUCCCAGAGACAGAUACAAAUAGGUACACCUUCCCAGAGACAGAUACAAAUAGGUACACAUUCCCAGAGACGGACACAAAUAGGUACACCUUCCCAGAGACAGAUACAAAUAGGUACACCUUCCCAGAGGCAGACACACAAAGGUACACAUUCCCAGAGGCAGACACACAAAGGUACACCUUCCCAGAGACGGACGCAAAUAGGUACACCUUCCCAGAGACGGACGCAAAUAGGUACACCUUCCCAGAGACGGACGCAAAUAGGUACACCUUCCCAGAGACGGACGCAAAUAGGUACACCUUCCCAGAGACGGACGCAAAUAGGUACACCUUCCCAGAGACGGACGCAAAUAGGUACACCUUCCCAGAGACGGACGCAAAUAGGUACACCUUCCCAGAGACGGACGCAAAUAGGUACACCUUCCCAGAGACGGACGCAAAUAGGUACACCUUCCCAGAGACGGACGCAAAUAGGUACACCUUCCCAGAGACGGACGCAAAUAGGUACACCUUCCCAGAGACGGACGCAAAUAGGUACACCUUCCCAGAGACGGACGCAAAUAGGUACACAUUUCCAUGCACACUUACACAUACACAUUUACAAACGUAGUCUCAAAUACACACUUUCAGACACACACUCCGAGGUGUACACUUCCCCACAUAAAUGUAUGAACAAAUGUAUACAUUUAGCCACCCUCCUGUUAGCUUACUCUUUGAGCCUAGUAGGAGCAAGUAGGAACAGGCUAUUUGUUCCCUUGUCUCUGCUCUGCCUCCUUGACGUUCGAUGAACACUGAAAACAUGUUUGAAUCUGGUCAGAGGCCCAUGCGAUGCAACUGAAUGCUGUUAAAGAGCCCUGAGUGGACCCAGUGCUCCGUGGUCCCUUAAAUGUGUUUUGCCUUUACUAUGCACCAUUACACUGUUAUUUAGCCUAUCUGUAACCAGUUCACAGUUAGCGCACAGCCUACACCCAGCUGUAGAGCCUCAAACCUCCACAGAUGCUCAUUCUUUCUCACUAUUUGUUGCCAUGUUCACAGGUCCCCAAUGCUGUGUCCCCGGGUUGAUCCCAACCCUAUGCUGGUUUUGUACCUGUCGGCAAGAAAACCAGACAUCACUGCAGAGUGUUACCGUGUGGGAUAUAUCCGAAACCCUCAACUGGAAGCCUGGAUCUCUAAGGUCAGGACAAAAAGCUCCCAUUUGCUGCCCAUAAACAGAUACCUCUCCCAACCCCUGUGAGAGGCAAUGUGAUUAAAUAACUAGCAUCCACUCUUCAUUCCCUCUACAGGCGGACCGGAAUAUAAACUCAAUACGCCUGAUCUGCUUGGCACUGACUCUCCUUGUGGUCGCCAUCUUGUUGUUCUGCAUGACUUGCAGUACUAGCUCUCAGCCUGUUCAAGAAAAUAAACACCUGGGAGCACUGUGACGUAGCACAACUUCUGCCAUCUGCAAAGACUUACAUUUAUAAACUCUUCCUUGUUUUCUGGAGACUGUGAGCUGUUUUAUUCUAAAUAAACCUGCUGCGACUUUUAAGUCCUUUUCAAUUUUUUAUUGUUCCACCUGUUUAUUUAUUUACAAAAUCAAUACUACAGCAAUGAUACAAGUAAACAU